CCCGCUUCCACCUCGACGGCCUGGUCUGGUAGGCAAUGCUCCUGGUCCUGGCCUUAGUUCCAACAAGUGUGUGUCAUUGCUCAAACCACUCAUCUCAUCUUUUUUUCGUGUUGUUUCCCUCUCGCGCUGGCUACCAUCUGUUGCGGUGGACGUGUUGCAGUACAGAGACUCCAAACUCUAUCUAGGCAUACCUAGGCAUACCUAGGCGUUCUUAGUCCCUAGAUCCAUCCCCUCGCUUUCGAGAGUUGACCCCUCUUCCUUACGCACGCUCGCUCGUUCUUCGUCCAUCGACCUGCACUGAAACGAGACCUGGGGAGAGAGAGCCCGAAGACCUCGCGUCGACGCCUUAUCGCAUGCUAGACGGCCAUUGCCAUGGCGUCAAAUCGCUCCGAUGCAGGGUCAUCAGCUCCAUCCAACCUGCGAGUGACCAUAAUUGCUGCCGAUGGCCUGUAUAAGCGAGACGUCUUCCGGCUCCCUGAUCCUUUCGCUGUUGCCACCCUCAAUGGCGAACAGACCAAGACUACUCAGGUUGUCAAGCGAACGUUGAACCCGUAUUGGAAUGAGAGCUUUGACUUCCGCGCAACCGAGGAUGGCAUAUUAGCCGUACAGGUUUUUGAUCAAAAGAAAUUCAAGAAGAAGGACCAAGGGUUCCUAGGCGUUAUCAAUGUUCGCAUCGGUGAUGUCAUUGAGUUAGCGGAGGGUGCUGAUGAUCAGAUGCUCACACGAGACCUAAAGAAGUCGACCGAUAACCUCGUCGUACACGGAAAGCUCAUUAUCAAUCUGUCCACGAAUCUCACUGCUCCAGUACGCCCCCAGCAAGCGCAAUCCACCAACUCGAGUCGCCCAUCCUUGGCGCCUCAAGGCUCUACAAUGAGUACCGACCGCACUUCAGAACGACCGACGUCCUCUACCUCAGGACCUAAUGGCUCAGUUCCCAGCUUGCAAACAAGUCUACCCAUUCGAACAAACGGCGUAAACGGUGCAGCAUCAACAAAUGGUACCGCUUCUGCCCAGGGUCGACCUACCAGUCAGAUGAGCCCUUUUGAGGAUUCUCAAGGGCGCCUACCUGCUGGGUGGGAGCGUCGCGAGGAUAACAUGGGCAGGACAUACUACGUUGAUCACAACUCUCGUACCACGAGCUGGACUCGACCUGGUGCAUCUGGAGAUACUCGGGGGGAACGAGAGGCGGCCACCCAAGUAGAGCGCCAACGGCAUCAGAACCGGACGCUUCCGGAGGAUCGCACAGGUGCCAACUCCCCCACGCUCCAGCAACAGCAACAACAGCAGCAAGCAAACGCUCAGCAAAAUGCACAGAAUAGUACCAUGAUGCACACUGGUGCUACGAGUCCUGGCACUGGUGAACUUCCCCCGGGCUGGGAACAACGGUGGACACCAGAAGGGCGGCCUUACUUUGUUGACCAUAAUACUCGCACAACUACGUGGGUAGACCCUCGACGCCAGCAAUACAUUAGGAUGUACGGCGGCCAGAACAAUGCAAGUGGUACUAUCCAGCAGCAGCCCGUAUCCCAGCUCGGACCUCUUCCUAGUGGAUGGGAGAUGCGCCUAACAAACACGGCCCGUGUAUAUUUCGUGGAUCAUAAUACGAAGACGACAACUUGGGAUGACCCACGACUACCAUCUUCUCUAGACCAAAAUGUUCCCCAGUACAAGCGAGACUUCAGAAGGAAGCUAAUUUACUUCCGAUCCCAACCUGCCAUGCGCAUUUACUCUGGCCAGUGUCAUAUUAAGGUCCGAAGGUCGCAUAUUUUUGAGGACUCAUUUGCCGAAAUCUCGAGGCAAUCUGCUACAGAUCUCAAGAAACGCCUGAUGAUAAAAUUCGACGGCGAAGAUGGUUUAGACUAUGGUGGUUUGUCAAGAGAGUUCUUUUUCUUGUUAUCGCACGAGAUGUUCAACCCAUUCUACUGCCUCUUCGAGUAUUCCGCACAUGAUAACUAUACCCUGCAAAUCAAUCCACAUUCAGGUAUCAACCCAGAACAUCUCAACUACUUCAAGUUCAUAGGGCGGGUGGUUGGACUGGCCAUCUUCCACCGCCGCUUCUUGGAUGCCUUUUUCAUUGGGGCUCUGUACAAGAUGAUACUCGGCAAGGCUGUUCAAUUGGCCGACAUGGAGGGUGUAGAUGCGGAUUUCCAUCGAAGUUUACAGUGGAUGUUGGAUAAUGACAUUUCUGGGGGCAUCCUAGAACAGACCUUCUCCACCGAGGACGAACGUUUUGGCGUUAUGACUACUGAGGAUCUCAUUCCCAACGGACGGAAUAUUGAGGUGACGAAUGAGAACAAGAAGGAAUAUGUCGAUUUGAUGGUCAAAUGGCGUAUUGAGAAGCGCAUCGCCGAACAGUUCCAGGCCUUCAAGGAGGGCUUCCAAGAACUAAUUCCUCAUGAUCUUAUCAACGUCUUCGAUGAGCGUGAAUUGGAACUCUUGAUCGGAGGUAUUGCUGAGAUCGAUGUGGAUGAUUGGAAGAAGCACACGGAUUAUCGUGGCUAUACAGAGAAUGACGAAGUCAUCCAGUUCUUCUGGCAGACCAUAAGGAGUUGGGAUGGAGAGCAGAAGAGCAGGUUGCUGCAAUUCGCGACCGGAACGUCGCGAAUCCCUGUCAAUGGUUUCAAGGACCUUCAAGGCAGUGAUGGGCCCAGGAGAUUUACCAUUGAAAAGGCUGGCGAUAUCGGAAAUCUACCCAAGGCUCACACCUGGUACGUUCUAAAUGCCGAAUCCUAUCCGUCCACUCACUUACUUGGCCUAUUUCGCUAACACGCAUUAACAGUUUCAACCGUCUCGACCUACCA